UGGUCCUAGGGCUGCUCAAAUGAGCCUGGAGACAAGUGUCCAAGCUAAGGUGUUUGGCAAGGAGGCACACAUCCCUAAUGAAAGUGUCUUGGUGGUGAGAAGAGCUGAGGAUAAUAUUGGAAAGAAUCUGAUUCAGCAGUUUGAUGAUGAGAGUGAUGAUGAUGUGGAAGAUAUCAAUGUUGGGAUGGAGGUCAUAGUGAGCAGCAAGCCUGACCUUCCUGUGCCUCCAAUGGCUUGGAAGGAGAAGAAGCAGUGGGGUCCUGUUCAAGCAACCAGGAUGAGUUCAAGAAUCCCUAGGGAUGGCAAGAGUGUGACUGAAAAAGCUCAAGACCUCAAGAAGGAGAAAAAUUUGGAGAUUCCCAAAGCAAACCAGAGGAGGAGAAAGAAACAGAUUUGUAAACUGCAGGGUGAAGAUGGGAUGGUUGAGGAUAAUAAAGGGAUUGUGGCGCCACUUACUCUACAACGUUGCUCAGUGGAAGAUUCUGUUGAAGGAGGAAGGAAGAGGGGUGCUGGCGGCGAUGUUGAGCAAGAUGGGGGGGGGGGGGGGGUAGCUCGGCUGCCGCCGCUGCUGUUGUGGCCGGAGCCUGGUUAACCCCACAAAAGAGAGCGAGAACGACGCUGGAGGUCUGUGACCUGAACUGCACAAGGGGGCUUGGUCCGAUGUUGAUCACUGCGGAGGACCUGAAGAGAACCUUGGA